ACUCCGCUCCUCCUCUUGUCUCCGACCCGGACUCCAUGUUGUUCAGAGACAGCAGCAGAGCGGAGAAGCGUCCUCCUGGCUGCAAACUCACGUUGCAACUCUGAAAGGUGUGUUGACGCUUCGACAGAAGAUGGCAGACUACCGGGACGACAGUGGAGCUCGAGCGCUCCUGGCUCUGCAGUCUGCGCCGUGCAGCCCCAUGCGUGUGGCGGUCAGCUCCCACGCGUAUCACCAGCCUCAUUUCUCUCUCUUGGCUCCUCCGGUAACGGACGGUCGCAGCGACGCCGGGAUACUUCCCGUGCGCCUGGCUUCUUCACCUCCGCGGGCCUUGGCCAGGCUCGAGGGCCGGGACUUUGAGUUUGUCAUGCGCCAGAGGACGGUCACCAUCGGCCGGAACUCGUCUCACGGCUCCGUGGACAUUAAUAUGGGUCACUCGAGCUUCAUCUCGCGGCGACACCUGCAGAUAAUCUACGACGAGUCGAGCGGAUUCUCCCUUCGGUGUCUCGGCAAGAACGGCGUGUUCGUGGAUGGAGUGUUCCAGCGGAGAGGAGCGCCGCCGCUGCCGCUGCCCCGAGAGUGUAUGUUUCGUUUCCCCAGUACGGUAAUCAAGAUCCAGUUCAUGUCACUCCUAGAGGUUGAGGAGCACAGAGAGCAGGAGCAGCCCUCACCUCCCCCUCGCCCACUUCUGCCUCACAUUUCACCUCUCAAAAUCAGUAUUCCCACCAUGCAACAGCAUGAGGAGCACAUGAGGACCUUUGGCUCUCCACUGCCCUCACCCACAGGCACCAUUAGUGUUCCCAACUCCUGUCCGGCCAGUCCACGAGGGGCAGGGUCAUCAGGAUAUCGCUAUGGACGCAAUGUGACCUCUGACCUCCAGUUAGCAGCUGAGUAUGCUGCCAAGGCUGUUUCUGAGCAGAGACGAAACAUUGCUGAGCAAAGAGGUGGGGGUAGUGAACUGCGAGGCGAGUCAGCUAGCGGCGAUAGCCCGAAGGAUGAGUCCAAGCCGCCUUAUUCCUACGCUCAGCUGAUAGUCCAGGCUAUCUCAUCUGCUCCGGACAAACAGCUCACCCUCAGUGGAAUCUACGCUCACAUCACUAAACACUACCCGUACUAUCGCACCGCAGACAAAGGCUGGCAGAACUCGAUCCGACACAACCUGUCUCUCAACCGCUACUUUCUGAAAGUGGCCCGCUCUCAGGAUGAACCCGGGAAAGGCAGUUUUUGGCGUGUGGAUUCUGCCUCUGAGAGCAAGCUGGUGGAGCAGGCCUUCAGGAAAAGACGGCAAAGAGGGGUGGCUUGCUUCAGGACGCCUUUUGGACCCCUGUCUUCCAGAACAAAGAGCGCUCCUGCAUCACCGACCCACCAGGGCCUUCUCUCUCCUCCAUCCAGUGGACUCCAGACUCCUGAAGGUCUGAGCAGGGAGGGAUCUCCUCUCCCACAUGACCACCAUGAGCUCCUGGCUAACAAACUAGCAUCUGUACCUGAGUACAGGUACUCUCAGAGUGCCCCAGGGUCUCCAGUCAGCGCUCAGCCUGUAAUUGUGGCGGCGCCCGCUCACCCAGUGGUCCUGUCCUCUGGCCCGGGAAAAUCCCUCGCCUUCGUGCCAGGUGGUGGCGGCCACGUCCAACCUGUCCACAUACUGCAAAAUGUCCCACAAUCCUCUAUCACCGUGGUGCGGACGGUUACGAGUGCACCUCCAAAUGGAUACAGCGCCCCCUCUGGUGCGGCUUUGUCAGGACUGCAAGGAGGAUCAGAGGGUAGCCUGGAUCUCAGAGAGGCCCAGCAGAACAGAGAGCGAGUGAUCCAGACGUUGGAAAGUGCAGUGCAGGGGGCUGAAGGGAGGAACCUGGCCCAAGGUUUACGUCACCUUCCUGUUCGUCCCAUUACCCAGAAUGGCAAUCACACCGCUGUUGCCAUGGCAGCCAGCUUUGCUAAUGCUUCUGGCCUGAGUAAUCCGCUGCAGAUCUUGGCCACCCAGGCCUCCAGCUCACCUCCAGUGCUGGUGACCAGACAGCCGAGUGCCGAACCUUUAGCUGAGCCAGCUGAGCCUUGGCCCAAGAGGCCAAAGAUGGAGGAUGAGGCCAUGACUGAAUCUGCUCAGCAUCAGGUUACACCUGCUCAGCAACCUGUCAUUGUUGCCAUGACAACACAAUCACAUGAGCUAAGGAAAUAAAACCACUUCCAGGUAGAUAGCUAAUGGACAGCAUCCUUAGGGUUCCUGACUCUCGCCUUUAAUACACAUUUAAUAUGGCUGAAUGGAACAUGGCUCCAAAAACAAACAAACCUGCAGUCAGCGUCUUGCUGGAAAAUGAAUUCUGCUCUGCAGCACUAACUUGAUUACAACUUUCAAAUGCAUUACAAACGUUAAUCUUUCAGUUUUCUUCAGUUCAGUGUUGACAGCUGGCGACGACGAAGCUAAUAACAAAUGGUGCCGUCGCUGCAGCACUAAUUUCUGUGGUUGGUGGGAACUUUCUGACACAAGUUUCUUUAGUUGAUGACUCGGUCUCAGGCUGAAGAAGCUGCACUUUUGUGAGACAGUCUGUCUCCAAGCAAACUAUUUCAGGCUUUUAAACUGUGACUGUAUGCAAACCUCACAGCAAAACAAUUAUGAUAAAAAAAAAAAAAAUCAGAGUAAAAAUCAGAAUUCUGAGAGGCCGUGUUACUGUCAGUAUGCAGCUCAAAGAAUACAGUCCUGU